UGGGGCCCCCAGGCAAUAGAGGAUCAUGGGGCCCCUGUGUCCUUGCCCAAACUCAAAAAAGCCUAUGAAAAAGGUACCAGGGGCAUUUCAUGGGGCCCCCUAAUGACCCCGGGCCCUCGGGCAGUGCCCGAGUGCUCGAAUGGUCAGUCCGCCCCUGCAUACAGCAAUAUAAAGACUAGACUGAUGAAUAGUUAUAAUCUCUGUCAAGUUUGUAUUAAUCCUCAAGUAUUUGAAUAUAAAGUUAUUUGAAUAUAAAGUCCAUGCUCUGUAUGGUGUUUAA